CACACAUGAAUAAAGCUGUGUUCUCCAGCGGACAUGUCUUCAGCUCAUGGAGAAGGCUCCCAAUUAGCCUGUCACAGAAGCAGCCACAUGCCGGGCUAAUGACAGGUGGCCAUGGAAACGAUGGCGCUGGCAACAGUGCGGUGGGCAUGGGGAGCUAGUGCCACUCAACAGAUGACUCACUGCUGCCGUGGUCAAGUGUGUCACUUCCACCCAGCUGGGCCGCCCCAUGCUCCCCAGUGCAUCCUCUGUUUGAUCUAAGAGAUGCCACUAUGUACCCUAACAUUUCAGCUGGCAUCUUUACUGUUUGUUAUAUAGACCGUACGAGACACUGACAGGAAGCGAGUGGGAGAGAGAGAGAUGGGGGAGGACCGGGAAAUGACCUCAGGCCGGAACCGAACCCGGGUCACCGGUGCAGCAGCGCAGUGCCCCACCGUUUGAGCCACGAAAGUGAGUGAAAAAGUGGGAGGUGCAGAAGGGACCAAGCAUGAUGUGGAUUUCCAGGAUAUGGAAAAGAAAGUGGACACUACCAGCAGGGCAGUGAUGGAUAUCAUGACUAAGACUACCGAAUACCUGCAGCCCAACCCAGCAACUCGAGCCAAGAUGAGCAUGAUGAGUUCCAUGUCCAGGAUGAGGGGACAGGAGAGGGGGCCAGGCUACAUCCAGACCGAAACACUGUUGGGAGACUCCAUGCAAAAGUUUGGCAGGGAGCUUGGAGAGGAAUCUAACUUUGGCCUUGCCCUUAUUGACGUUGGAGAGUCCAUGCGUGAACUGGGUGAGGUGAAGGACGCUCUAGACAUGGAGGUCAAGCAGAACUUCAUUGACCCACUGCAGAACCUGCAUGACAAGGACCUCAAGGAGAUUGCGCAUCACCUAAAGAAACUGGAGGGGCGCCGCUUGGACUUUGACUAUAAGAAGAAGCGUCAGGGCAAGGUGACCGAUGACGAGAUCAAGCAGGCACUGGAGAAGUUUGACGAGACCAAAGAUAUUACUGAGCAGAGCAUGUUCAAUCUUCUGGAGAGUGACCAGAUUGAACAGGUGAGCCAGCUUGCCGCUCUGGUGCAGGCCCAGGUGGACUACCAUAGACAGUCCACUGAGAUCCUGGAGCGUCUCAACUCAAAGAUGGAUGAAAGGAUAAAGGAAGCCUCCAACAAACCAAGGAAAGAGUAUGUCCCCAAGCCCCGCACCUCCAUGGAUUUCGCAAUCAGUGAGAACCACAAUGGCAGCAUUGGCCACAGUGGACCCUCCAGGUCUCCAGCUCCAAUGGACCAGCCAUGCUGCCGUGCCCUGUAUGACUUCGACCCCGAAAAUGAAGGUGAGCUGGGCUUCAAGGAGGGUGACAUCAUCACUCUGACCAAUAAGAUUGAUGACAACUGGUAUGAGGGCAUGGUCCAAGGCCGCUCCGGCUUCUUCCCUGUCAACUAUGUGGAUGUGCUGGUAGCCCUGCCCCACUAAGCAUCCUCAACCUCGCCAUACUGUAUCUCGCCUCUCCCUGCAAACCCCUCGCUCCUGAUGAUCAGACCAUCUCUGGUGACCCCUUCUUCCACAGAAGGACACAAGGCUGAAAAGUUGACAAAUGCCACAAAAUGAGGACUUGAAAAAAAAAAACAGCCACUGCAGCACAGUGUCAUGCUAUCCAAAAUAUGAACAAUGUGAAGAGUUUCUGAAGAAGCAGUAAGGAGUAUUUGCUUGCUGUUGUAAACGUGAUCAUCAAGGCCAGGUCAUAACUAGCUGUUGGGCUUUAUUUAUUUAUUUGUUAAUUAUUUUUCUGGUGGGGAAAGGGCAUGGGAUGGAGGAUAUAUUGUGUAUGUCUGAUGAGUUUACCACAAGUCUGCGUUAACCAGUCUCCUUGUUCCUCUUGGCUUGGCUUGGUUUGGCUUUGUUUUCACCUACUUCCACCGCAAUUUAAAAAUGGAUGUUCCUCUGUCUUUGCACCUAUUGAAACUACUCUGCUAGUAUAUGAAAAUGCAACUAGUUCUUGUCCCAAAGCUUACUUGUUUUUCUAUCUUUUAGCAACAGUAUAAUGUAUAGUUUAGACAUGAUUCCUUCACUGGCUUGAAGCCAAAUUAAGCUUAAAUAAAGAUUAUUAUAGUUUAGAACGGUAGCUCGUCCUCUUGCAUGGUUCCGAUAAUCUGCAGGGGAGGAAACGCACUUGAGCAUUUCACAAGCGUUAGUCUCAUUGUAUUGUUCACCUGCUUGCAUCGGUCACUCUUCUCAUUCACGUUGUAUUCACCACACAAGAUAUAUUUUAUGGCAGGAAACAGAGAUGCACUGUGCUACACGUUGUCUGCUGAGCAAGAUCCAUUGGCUGAGACAAACGCUCUGUGUUUGUCAGUAUGGUCUUCUCAUACUGCCUGGUGUCCAGUCUAUUGCUGUUGUAGUUUCAUUUCAUGCCGUACCAGGUCGCCUGUUCAUCAGAGCCGGUAACUAAACUACGGGGAUUUAAAUAUCUGUAAGAACAAGUUCAAGAUCAUGUGAAGUCUGUAUGAGUGAUGUAAACAAAAAUUGAGAAUUACUUUCCUAUAAAAUAUACAAAAAAUAAAAAGAAAAUAAUGUUCUACUUAAAUGAUGUCAGAAUAAGUGUAGAAAUGGUAUUUGUGUUGUGCUAUAACCAACAGAGAAAUAUAGUGUUUCAGAGUCAAAAUACUGUAUAUUUUGAGCUUCAUUCAUCCAUAUGAUAUUCUGACAUCCCACAUCAGUUGUGUUUUUAUAGUAAAAAUCUAAAUAUACAUUGAUGUUUAUUUUAUUAUAAUUAAAAAGGGGAAUGUCCGUUCAUUAAUAGAAGGUUUUGACUAAGGGACAUGAGUAUGAUGAGAAUGCAUUCGUCACAGAGAGUUUCUGAUUUUUCAACAUUAACAGAUGACCCUCCACUGAAAUACAAAUUGUCAUUCUGUCACUGUACCACUCAGUUGUGUUCUGGUAAGGAUCAAUAUUUCUAUGCAUCCCUUACUGUGUUGAAAGAGCAUGCAAUUGCUGCAACUGCAAGACAGCGAGGUAAAACACAUCUGGGAGCAAAUGUGCUGUCGGCAUCACUGUGCUUUCUCAUCACAUGGAGCUGUGUUCACACUGGCUGAGCUUGCGUUUGUCCUCUACAGAUGAAUCUCAGUCCAAACCAGGGGGCAUUUGACAGGCAGGGAUAGCUAAUAUAAACAGAUCUGGAAAAUGCAUGUAACUGAGCCAGUAAUAUGAAUCAUUUUUGAAUUAAUGCUAUACACACAGCAUGACCAAGUUGUGUGUGUAUGACUGACCUGUCAUGGAUUGUGUCACCAUCGAGUAAAUGUUUAUUGAAAAAAAAUCUCUAUAUAUAUAAAUAUAUUUUAAGGGUACGUUUUUAAUGUUUCAGUGCUUUUUGUUGUUUCAUCAUUCUCACAAAUGUGUCUUUGAAAAGUAACGAAUGAAAACUAAGGACCUGAGUAUGAGAGAAUGCUAAUACAAAGCAUGUUGUUCAACCAACCCAAAAAGUCUCCAACUUAAAAUUAUCGCUUUCAUUUUUAUUUCACGAAGCACAAGUUUUGGCUGAAUUACCUGGAAUAUAGUUUUUACUGGCUGCGUACUUCCAUUUCUUAAAAUAAGUAUUAAUAUCAUAAUUUAUGUAAUGUCAGGCAUAAUAUUUGUUUUAUUAUUUAUUAUUUAAAAAAAAAACAAAUUGUCUCUUUGCCCUCAAUGAGGACAGCUUUACUGUGCUUUGUUUUCCUGUGUGUAUGUUAGCCAUGCAUUUAUGCUAUUGUAUCUUAUUUUUUGUAAAAGUGACAAGUAAAAUAUGGGCAUAGAAAAACACACACACACACAUACACACACACACACACACACACACACACACACACACACACACACACACACACACACACACACACACACACACACACACACAGGCGCGUGCGCACGCACACACACACCAGAAGGCAAUAUGUUUAAGGAAGACCUUUGUUGAACAGCAUUUUUUCUUAAUCUUCUUUUAUUUAUUUAUUUUUUCUUUUGAUUCCCUUCCUGAAUUGGAUGACAUGCUCGAUGUAUAAAACGUAAUUUCAGUGUAACUUAAAUAAAUACUAAGACACAGUU